UCUCUCGUAUAUCUUGUAAAAUUUUAAGUUUUACUCUUGGUUUUUUCCCUGCCCAGAUAAAUUUAUUGAUACCUUUCUGCCACUCAUCUAAAUUUGCUUCUUUCUUUAAAAUAGGUAUCAUUUCAAACUUACAAGAGUCUUUGUCAUCAUCCAGAAAGGAGGAAACACAAGACAGUGGGGAACACAGGAAGAUCCUGAGCGGUUCAAAGGACGGAGAGAUCUAGCAGGGAAGCAGCAAAAGAGAGCAGUAGGUCCCACCUGCCAACAGAGAUUCCUGACUCCUCCAACCAGGGCAACAAGCUUGCAGCAACCAGCAAAUGCCAAGCAUGGCUCAGACAGACGAUGCCAUAGAGAUUGCAGCCCUCGGCCGCCCCUUCCAGCUGGGGAUGCUGUACGACUGCCGCAAGGAUGCCCUCGUCCCAGGCGUCACCCUUUGGGACUACAGCUCCCUUCAGAAGGACCUGACCACCAGGCCUCAGCCCAAUACAGAAACUAAAAUCAUUGCAUCUGACAAUAUUGAUGACAAGGCCUCUGCCCUGGACAUCUCAGGAUCCCUCAAGGGCAGCUUCCUGGGGGGGCUGGUUGAUGUGAGAGGAUCAGCCAAGUAUCUUUACAACACCAAGAAGUCCAAGCAACAGGCUAGAGUCACCGUCCAGUACAAAACCACCACCAGGUAUGAACAGCUGACCAUGAGCCACCUGGGAAUCCAGAAUAUCUCCCACCCAGCAGUCUUUGAGCAUGGCACGGCUACCCACGUGGUCACCGCCAUCCUCUACGGAACCCAGGCUUUCUUCGUGUUUGACCGGGAUGAUUCCUCAACAGAAAUGGUAAAAAAUAUAGAAGAAAAUCUCCACGUCACAAUCAGGAAGAUGAUAUCCGUCACAGGACAAGAAGAUAUGAAGCUAAACGAGGAGGAGAAAGAGAGUGCGCUGAAGUUCAGUUGCAUGUUCCAUGGAGACUUUUCUCUGGAGAAAAAUCCAGUGACCUUCCAAGAUGCCAUAACAAUUUAUGAGACUGCCAAAAAUGUUAGGGAAAGAUGGGGAGAAGGCUGUUCCUGUGUGGAUCUCGCUCUACCCACUGACCAAGCUGGACACCAGAGCAGCUAAGAUGGUCUGUGAGAUCAGCCUAGAAUUGGUCUUUGAUGCUGAAAAGAUCUUGGAGGACCUCAAUGAAAUUCAGAUGCAAAGCAAUGACCUAGUCAACGAUCCCAUUGCCGAGACCUUCCCUGAGAUCAAAGAGAAGAUCCAGCAGUUCAAGGAUCUGUGCAAGCAACACAGGCAGACUUUCCAGAAACAGCUGGCCAGAGUGUUGCCUUCCAUCCGGGGAGGAGGGCAGGAGGAAGGGACCCUGGUGGACAUCUUGACGUCCAUCAACCGGUCACCCUUCAACAGCCGAAGACUCCGUGAAUUUCUAGACACCAAGAAAAGAGAAAUUAACUUUGUCAAAUCUUUUCUGACUAUUUUAAAUAAGAUACAAAUUAUCUCAUCUCAGAACAAGUUGGAAGAAAUAGUUCUCGACCCUCAGAAUGGAUACGUGGUCUCCUUUAUAUUCACUUCUUUACACGAAGAGGAGCCGUUUCUGUUGAGCUUACGGGACAAGCUUCAGGAGCAAUUCUUGCAAGAAUCAGCUAAGUCCACCAGAUCCACUCCUGGGGUGAAGAAAGGCAAGGCCUGGUUUGAGGACCAGGAGAGGACCCACAAUGCUCGCCAAGCGGCCAAAUCCAUGAAAGACUUUUUCACUGUCAACCAAUCGAAUGAGAAGGUCCGCUUUCUCGUGGCCUCACUCCCAGAUGUGGAGACCCCAGGAGCCUCAAUAUACCUUUAUGAAGAUGGAAAGCUGGUCAGCAAGAACUUUGAGUUGCCCUCAAAACCUGUCCCUUUGCAGAUUACUGAACUGAGACACAACAGCAUUCAGCUGAAAUUUCAGCCAGCUGAACAUGGGAGGGCUUCCACCUCCAGCUAUCUGGUAGAGUACAAGAUUGCAGGGGAAGAAAACUGGAAUACCGUGAGGACAGAGGAUGCCGGGGAGUUGUUCCUGCUGAAAGAUCUGCCUCCAAACACAGAGUACCAGUUCCAGUAUGCUGCUUGUUGCAAGCUUGGAUUUAGUGAAUCCAGUGACCUGAGCCCACCCAUAAAGACCUUUCCCACCAGCCCUCCUGAGAAAUUAAGAAAGGUCACUGCAGCAUCUUCUGUCAUCUCUGUGGCCUGGAUGAGUCCCAGCAUCGUUGCCUCAGGAGUUAUGGUCAAGGAGUACAAAGUGGAGUACAGAAUGGUAGAGGCUGGAGUUGAGAAGGACCAGUGGACUGGAAAAAGGACUGGGAGAAAAACAGAGUUUUACCCCAUCGAAGGUCUGAAGCCCCAGACGGCAUAUAGAAUACGGGUGUCAGCCGUGUGUGA